UUUCCAUUCUGUCAGUCAACAUGCCGUUCGAUUUGAAGGACCGAUUGGCCCAGUAUAUCGGGGCUUGCGAGCCUUUGCUGUAUGCGUUUAGCUUCCGGUGGAAGGCAUUCCGCUCCAGUAGCGAUGGGGCGUCGUCGGCGCAAGACCGCGGUUUCGCAGAAUGGUUCCAGGAAGUCGCUCCUUUAUUCAAAGAACGCGAAGAAUCAUCCAAACUGCCCUACCUAGCAUCCACCGCCCACGGCACAGUCCUCGAACUAGGCCCGGGCACAGGAAGCCAAAUCCCGCGAUACAAUUUAUCCCAGAUCACCAAGAUCUACGGGGUCGAGCCGAACGUAGUAUUCGCGAAGGCUCUGGAGAGCCAGAUCGCGCAGUUCAAUGCUAGCGAUGUCUAUGUCCCUGUGUAUGGUCGGGUUGAGGAGGAGUCUGUUCUAGAGAAGUAUGGGAUCACAGACGAGAGCCUUGAUUGCGUGACUAGUUUCCAGGUUCUUUGCUCGGUGGAUCGGCCGGAGGAGACAGUUGAGCGGCUUUGGCGGUUGUUGAGGCCUGGAGGGGAGUUUGUGUUCUGGGAGCAUGAGGCGAGUCGGGAUUUGGUUACUUGGGUUGUGCAGAAGUUUUGGUCGAUUCUGUGGCCGUUGGCGCAUAGUGGGUGUCGGUUGGAUCGGCCGGUCGGUGAUAUCGUCUUGAAGUCUGCGAAGUGGGAGGUGGUGGAGUUUGAAAGGGAAGGCGAGAAAUGGGCUGUGAUGCCUCGGGUCUACGGGCGGCUCAGGAAGCCGAAGACUGCGGAGUAAGAGACAGCUUUGGCAUACGUAGAUUUAGGGCUCAAUUUGAUUAACUUGCAGCACA